UCACUGGAAUAUUACGCUCUUAUUAUUCAAUUUCUAUUCAAAUCUCAAAAUCCAAGGAAAAUCCAUUUUUAUCAACUUUUGCAUUCAAAAACGAAAUGGGCUGCAAUUCUACUAAAAACAAGCAAUACAAAGGCUUUGUGAAUGGCACGCCUGACUUCAAGGCAGACGAGAUCAUAAAGCAAUUCGAGCAAAAUAACGGUAUCCUCUUCCGACUCGUCAAUAAAAAAAAGCGGCAGUGGGCAUACUAUAAUGACUCCAAGGAGUAUGAAAUGCGCAUUCAAGUUAUCUUUAACCCCGAUUGUGAUAUCAAAGCACUGGGGGAGACUAAACUGGAGCAGCUCGACAAUGGUGAGUAUAUGGCAACGGUUACGGUAGGCCCCCUGAAAACUGAACUUUUCAUCAAAGGUCGUGUAAACGGCUUUAAGGCGAAAAUGGAUGCCUUUGCUGUAGGGGGUCAGCAAGACCCUCAAGAAGCCUCAGGAAACGCUGAGUGAUAUUUAAUGGGGGAAAUGAAUACUAGAAGUAAUGAGGUGAAAUGGAAAUGAUAUCCUGCUUAAGAGAAGUAUAUCUACUUAAGUGAUAUAUUCAUAUACAUUUAUACGACCUGUAUAACAUGUGACUUAGUGUGCUAAUCACACUUUGAGGAAAGAGUAAGCUAGUUUUUAAUUUUUUAUCUCGCACAACGGAAGUAGCGUUUAUAUUCAAGUAAAGGAUGAUUUAUCAUAGAGUCGAAAAGCUAAAAUAUGUUUAUACUUCUUUUUUUUGGCAGUCUUUAGAAGGCUUUCCUUGCCAUUUUUUAUGCCAAUAAAUAUACACUAACAGAGCUCCGCGUCGUGUAGUUCACACAAGUAAUUCAUGUUGUUAGUAUUGUAUCGCUUAACCCAGAAGGAAUGAAUUACCAAGUAGAAAGAAACAGUUACAUAUGGGGUAUAAGAGAUAACUAAGACUUUGGGGGAAACUAUUUAGGAUCCUUUUCCCUUCUAUAUAGUAAAGAGGGAAAAAGUUAUAUAAAGAUACGUCGGAAAUUGUUGUAAUACUCUUUUUUUACCAUUAAAAGAGGGAAAAUGCUUAUAGAUUAAUUCUGAAAAAAAAAGGAAAAAAGCCAAGGUAAAAACUGACAAUAUGACUUUAUAUAUCGGUCUAAAUAUAUAUAUAUAUAUAUAGCAUUUUUGAUGUUCUUUCCUCAAUCAUAA